GAAAGUGUAGGAGAAUGAAAGAAGGGAAAAGGAAAAGCUCAAGGCUUCUGUUGGAAGCCGCCGGAGCGGGGAGUAGCCGUGACACCCACAAGUUGGAUUUGGACGGAGAAGCUGCUCAGCAUCAAGAGAGAAAUGAAGAUCCUGAAGAUGCCGGCAGCGAACGCGAGGAGGAACCGGUGGCCGGAGAAGGAGAAGAAGAAGGAGAAGAAGAAGAAGAAGAAGAAGAAGAAGAGAAGGAUGAAGUGCCUGAGGUGAUUCAUAUAGAAAAAGGAGAUGGCGAUGGUGUUGCUAAGAAGGUAAAACCACAACUUGCUGCAGGGUUUUACGAGAUUGAAACUGUUAGGAGAAGGAGAACUCGGAAGGGUCAAGUCCAGUAUUUGAUCAAAUGGCGUGGCUGGCCGGAGACGGCAAAUACAUGGGAACCUGAGAAGAAUCUGUUGUCCUGUACUGAUAUUAUUGAUGCAUAUGAAGAGAGCUUGAAGUCAGGGAAACUACGAUCAACACGCAAGCGUAAGCGGAAGUUUGGGGCUACACAGACUCAACCCAAGAAAAAGCAGCAGCAGCGUUCCCCUGCAGCAGCUACAUAUAAUGUGCCAGCAGUGAGGGUUAGGAUAAUUGAGGAGCCUACACCCUCACCCCCUUUGAAUGUUUUGAAGGCUACGAAUCGUGUGGACAGUAAUGGUAGUGAAUUGAACAGCAAAGUAGACAAAGUGGUGAAUGGAAAUGGUUUGAGAUUGAGAGAGCAAAAUGAGUUGAAUUUGAAGCUGAGUGAAUUAAAAGGAGCAAUGUCAACCAAUGGGAACCCUGUGGAUAUAUCUGGUAAUGGUCUCGCAAAUGGAUUUCCUAAGGUUAAUGGUGCAGAAUUUUAUCAGUCUGAUCGCUGUACUGGAGCUAAAAAGAGGAAAUCUGGUUGUGUUCGGAGAUUUAAACGGGAGACUACCUCAGCUGUGAAGGAUGAUAUCCAAGAUGCGUUAGCAGGUGGUCCUUUGGCUACUUUUAUGCAGGACGGAAGUCUUAAUCAUGAAUUGGUCAGCGGUGACUUGGUUUGUAAAAACAAGUCUGAUGAUUCCAAAGAUGGGUAUACCAUUACACAACUUGUCAACCCUGUAGGAUAUAAAGCUUCUUUCUCCAAUGAUAUGCUGGAUGUCUCAGUGACCUUUGUUGCCAAGAGGUCCGAUGGAAAUUUAGUGCUGGUGGAUAACAAGUUUCUGAAGAUGAAUAAUCCACUUCUGUUGAUAAAUUUCUAUGAGCAGAACAUGCGAUACAAUCCGUCUGAAUGAGUUGGCUGCAAUGAAGGAAAUAUAUAUGUAGCUCGAUUAGCUUCAUCUCUUGCCUUAUCUUAUGUAGAAAAUGUUGUUAUUUACUUGUUAUAACAAGCUGCAGGGUGUUAACCUAUUAUGUUUAUUAGGAAGGCUAGUAAACAGCAUGCUAGAAUAUAUACUGUGAAAAACUUAUAUUAGGGUUUACUGUUUCCCGAUAUAAUAUGCUUCAGAGUUCUA